UGCUGCGGGCUGAGGACGGCGGGACACGCUCAUGGCCGACGGGCGGGCGGUGCCGCGGUGUGGCGGGGGCCGACCUCAGUCCCGGCCCCAGCUGGAUCUGAAGUUCUUGCAACGUUUUUUGAGGAUUCAGGCCAUCUUGUUUCCAAAAUGGUCUUCCCAGAAUGUGCUGAUGUUUCUGACCCUGUUGUGUAUUACCUUGUUGGAACAGUUGGUCAUUUACCAAGUGGGACUGAUCCCCAGCCAGUACUAUGGCGUCCUGGGAAACAAGGACUUGUAUGGAUUCAAAACUCUGACUGUGAUUGCUCUGCUUCUCAUUGUAGUCAACUCCACGCUGAAAAGCUUUGACCAGUUUAUCAGUAACCUGAUGUAUGUGAGCUGGAGGAAGACUCUCACUGAGGACCUUCACUGCCAAUAUUUUGAGGGACAGGUGUAUUAUACUCUAAAUGUGCUGCACGAGGACAUCGAUAACCCAGACCAGCGAAUCAGCCAGGAUGUGGAGAGGUUCUGCAGACAGCUCAGCUCCAUGGCCAGCAAACUCAUCAUCUCUCCCUUCACACUAGCCUACUACACCUAUCAGUGCUUUCACAGCACCGGCUGGCUGGGCCCAGUGAGUAUCUUUGGGUAUUUUGUCAUUGGGACGGUUGUUAACAAGAUGCUGAUGAGCCCCAUUGUUUCAAAAUUGGUGCAACAGGAGAAGCUGGAGGGGGAUUUCAGGUUCAAGCACAUGCAGAUUCGUGUCAAUGCAGAACCAGCAGCUUUUUACAGAGCUGGGCGGGUGGAGCACGUGCGCACAGACCGCAGGCUACAGAGCCUCCUGCAGACACAGAGGGAGCUGAUGGGCAAGGAGCUGUGCUUGUACAUUGGGAUCAACACCUUUGACUAUCUGGGCAGCAUCCUGAGCUACGUGGUGAUUGCCAUUCCUAUCUUCAGUGGUGUAUAUGGAGACCUGACUCCAACAGAACUGAGCAGCCUGGUCAGCAAGAACGCCUUUGUUUCCAUCUACCUCAUCAGCUGCUUCAGCCAGCUCAUUGAUCUCUCCACCACUGUGUCUGAUGUGGCUGGCUACACGCACAGGAUUGGGGAGCUGCAGGAGACCCUGCUGAAUCUCUCUAGGAAAUGGAAGGAUCACUGUUUGGAAGCCAAAAGCAGCUGGGACUUGGUCAAGUGGGGCUUGGACAGCAGCAGAUCUGAAGAGGAGAUGGUGCCAGAAGAUACAGCUUUCCUCCUGGAGAGGGUUACGCUUGCAGUCCCAUCCUCAGGCAGGCUGCUCAUCAAAGACCUCAACUUAAGGAUCUCGCAAGGGAACAACCUGCUGAUCGUGGGGAACACUGGCACAGGGAAGACGUCUCUCCUCAGGGUCCUUAGUGGCCUUUGGGAAAGCACUCAGGGGAGUGUCUCCAUGUUGACAUGCUUCGGCCCCCACGGUGUGGUGUUCCUGCCGCAGAGGCCUUUCUUCACUGAUGGAACCCUGAGGGAGCAGGUGAUUUAUCCUUUGAAGGAGAUUUAUCCACUUUCAGGGUCUGCAGAUGAUGAGAGAAUCCUGAGGUUCCUGGAGCUGGCUGGGCUGUCUGACUUACUAGCAAGGACAGGAGGUCUGGACCAGCAGGUGGAUUGGAACUGGUAUGAUAUCCUGUCCCCAGGGGAGAUGCAGAGACUCUCAUUCACCCGACUCUUCUAUCUCCAGCCCAGAUAUGCAGUGUUGGAUGAAGCCACCAGUGCCCUGACAGAAGAGGUGGAGCAUGAGCUGUACCGUACAUGCAUUCGUUUGGGCAUGACCCUGAUCAGUGUGGGACAUCGCACCAGCCUGGAAAAGUUUCACAGCUGGAUCUUGAGACUCUGCGGAGGAGGAAGGUGGGAGCUAACAAAAAAUGAGGGCACAAAGUGUCUCCCAGCCAACAAGGAAUGCUGACAAAAAUGCCAAAGCUUCCAGUGGCUCCCUUCCUCAGGAGAAGCAGAAACAACUUGCCUUUCAGCAGAUAACCUGCUUGGUAGAUGUGGAACUGCUGAGCUAGUGAGUCCUCCAUAGGGAGGAUGAAGGCUUCUGGAAAUACCCUGAAGGAGCCAGAGCUGAGUUUUUUCUGCUUUGUCCAAUCUGCUUCUGGGGUGGAGCUCACAGGAGAAGAGACUACUGCCUCAAGUCUUCUGCAACUGGAUUCCCAUAUCUUGCCUGCCAGUGUGGGUAGGGAAGGAACCCAGUUUGUUUGCUUUGAGAGGAACAACUCAGGACCCUUACCCACUAGGUCUGUGGUGACAAAGCAGAUGGCAGUCUCUGGUGCUGCAUGGAAGCAGUUCACAGUACUUUCUGCUCUGGGCUGGCCCAACGGGAUCACAACCUUUGCUGAACCUCUUUAUCUGUGCCAGAUGUGGUUCCAGCCUCCCUUCCUGGAUAGGCAGCUCUGUAGGGCAGGGCUCAUUGUCACUGCUAAACCAGCAGUUGGUUAUUCCAGUGGAAGCAUAAAGAAAAGAAAAAAACUAUGCAUUUUUCUUCAGUACUGAAGCCAUGUCACAAGUCAGCUGAAAUACUUUGUAUUAAAACCUUAGUAGCCCAAG